AUGCUGUCCAUCGAAAAAGUAGAUAACGCAGAUUCCAUCUUCAAUGCAACCAUCGAACUCAAAUUCGAUUCGGAUUCAGUGUCUACUUUUAACCUUAUAUACUUGCUAGAUAACUGUAGUUCCCCGCAAUCUUUGCAUCCAGAAACGAAGCAGAGACUGAUCGACGUGUUCAACGGGACCGAAGAACAAGCUCGGUGCGGUUUUGAAGAUGCCCGCAAGGCAAUAGAAAGGGUUUUCGACGGGGUCAAAUUUGAGGUAAUUGACGGAGCCCUUGUAUGUCACUGGUCCAAGUCCCACAGCUCUACGUUUUCGGAGAAUUGGCUGCAGACACAUUCUUAUUGCCCAAGAUUGUAUGAAAAGCUUCAAUUGCUCCCAGAAACCCGUCCUUGGGAUGCUGCUCAAUUCUGGGAUUUAGUACAUGAACGCAAACCCUACAAAUACGACGAGCUUUCCGAAAAUCUCAGUGGACUUCUCGAGGAUAUCUUUACGUAUGGCUUCCAGCUCAUAGACGAUGUUCCUGUGAGCUUGGAAGCCACUAAGGAGGUCUCUGAAAUGAUAUCAAUUGUUAGACCGACUCACUACGAUUUAGGCGUAUGGGACUUUUCGUCUGAUCUAGCUAAAAAAGAUACCGCAUACACCACUCUGGGCAUUGACAUGCACACAGAUGGCAACUAUUGGCAAGAAACGCCCGGUUUGCAGCUUUUCCACCUCUUGGAACAUUCUGAAGGCAAAGGUGGAGAAACACGCAUAGUAGAUGUCGAACAUGUACUGGGAGUUUUGAAGGACUUAGCUGCAAAAGACGAAAGCUGGCAAGAAACUUACCACAUACUCACGACUCAAUCAAUCGCUUUCCAUCAGGCUGGUGAGGAAGGAACCUGUUUUAUGAAAGACUGGUUUCCCAUACUCAGUGUUAACGAAAAGGGCCAAUUAUUGCAGUGCCGCUGGAAUAACAGUGACAGAUCGCCACAAUUUCCAGACCUCAAGUUUUCCGUUGGCCACAUUUACGAGGCUCUAUUCAGGUUCAACUCCCUGAUCAACGAUCCGAACAAUUUUGUCCAAUUUCAAUUGACGCCAGGAAAAGUACUUGUUUUUGACAACUGGCGAGUUUUGCAUGCCAGAAAUUCUUUUACCGGGUACCGUCGUCUCUGUGGCUCUUACUUGACUAGAGAUGAUUUCAUUGCAAGGCUCAGAGGCUUUUACAAUGACAGAGACGCACUUCUAAACGCACUAUGA